CCAUGAAGAACAAAUCAAAUCAACUGAUGACAAUUACAAUGAUUACAAUGAUAAAAAUGAGCCAUUCCAUGAAGAACAAAUCAAAUCAACUGAUGACAAUUACAAUGAUUACAAUGAUAAAAAUGAGCCAUUCCAUGAAGAACAAAUCAAAUCAACUCAUGACAAUUGCAAUGAUAAAACAAAUGAGCCAUCCCAUGAAGAACAAAUCAAAUCAACUGAUGACAAUUACAAUGAUUACAAUGAUAAAAAUGAGCCAUUCCAUGAAGAACAAAUCAAAUCAACUGAUGACAAUUACAAUGAUUACAAUGAUAAAAAUGAGCCAUUCCAUGAAGAACAAAUCAAAUCAACUGAUGACAAUUACAAUGAUUACAAUGAUAAAAAUGAGCCAUUCCAUGAAGAACAAAUCAAAUCAACUGAUGACAAUUACAAUGAUUACAAUGAUAAAACAAAUGAGCCAUCCCAUGAAGAACAAAUCAAAUCAACUGAUGACAAUUACAAUGAUUACAAUGAUAAAAAUGAGCCAUUCCAUGAAGAACAAAUCAAAUCAACUGAUGACAAUUACAAUGAUUACAAUGAUAAAAAUGAGCCAUUCCAUGAAGAACAAAUCAAUUAACUCAUGACAAUUACAAUGAUUACAAUGAUAAAAAUGAACCAUUCCAUGAAGAACAA